AUGCCUCUCAUACAGCCCAAAGUCGAGCCUCUGCCGCCUGGUAUCGACCUUACCAACAAAAUAGCCAUCGUCACAGGCGCAACAGCCGGCAUUGGUCUCGAACUCUCCCGUCAACUCCUCAAUCUCAAUCUAUCGACUUUGAUCCUUGCGGUUAGAAAUAUCUCCAAAGGUGAAGAAGUCCGAAAGACACUUUCGGCUAUCAAUCCCAAAGCUGUUGUUCAAGUGAUGAAGCUCGACACAACGGAGUACGCCAGUGUGAAGGCCUUCGCUGAGACGUUCAAGAGCAAGCAUGGGAAACUUCACUUACUCAUGUUAAACGCUGGUAUAAGUGAUAUUCACUUCGAGCUUGUGCCGACGGGGCACGAAAAGAACUUUCAAGUUAAUUACCUGUCUAAUGUUCUCUUGACUUUGCUUCUUCUGUCUACUCUUGAGCAAACAGCUGAGCUUGAGGGGGCACCUACACGCAUUACAUGGACAGGAAGUCGCAUGCAUUGGCAAACAAGUCUCGCUAGCAAAGUUCCCCUCAAGGAAAAUGAAGGCAUAUUUGAACACUUUGACGCACCGGGUGUUAUUCCCCCUCUCACCCGCUACGGCGACAUAAAGCUCCUCGUUCUUCUCUUCCAACACGAACUCGCCAAUCGCUACCCUCCCAAGAAAGUCAUAAUCAACCACUUCUGCCCUGGUAUGGUCGAUACAUCUAUAACGGAUAUUCUCCCUGUUUACAUCCGCCUUCCAGCGCUGUUGCUCAAAGCUCUGCGUGCGAGAUCGGUCGACAAGGCAGGAUGGAUCGGAUUACAUGCUGCGAUUGUGGUGGGUGACGAAACGCAUGGGCAGUUAUUGGGGGAUAAGAAAGUUGCGGAUUUGGGUGAUUUUGUACCGUCGAAGAAAGGGGUGAGGGUUAGGAAGUUGUUGUGGCAGGAGACUGUUAAGGAGAUGAGAGGGUUGACUCAAGUGCCUUCUUGGAUGGAGUGA